CGCACCUUCGCUUUCUGAAUUGUUCUGGGGUCUGUAAAAGUUCAAUACUCUGCCAAUAUCGCCUUAAAAAAGAAAAGGCUUGGAGACGCGUUUGGCUGGUCGAAUUUUCACUGAUAUAGAAUUAGACCAUAAAGAAACAAUGGCACGAAAAAGAUUAGUGAAAAAGUCGCUUGCAGAGAAGGAAAAUCAAGAUGGAUCUUCAACAUUUGUACCUUUAACAAAGAGUCAUGCUCAAGAAGGAAUAAACGCAAAAGCAAAAAAAUCAUUGAAUUCUAAAAAGCCUAGUCAAAACUUCAUAACGCGUACGGUUUGGACUCUGAUUAUGAUUGCACUGUUCUUCGCAGUGUUGGCAAUGGGUCACUUUUGGGUUGUUAUACUGGUCACUCUUAUUCAAAUUGGUGUUUAUAAAGAAGUGAUUGCAAUCGCAAGUGUCCCGAGUCGUGAAAAGGAUUUGCCUUGGACGAAGUUUGUUAGCUGGUACUUUUUAAUGACGACUUUAUACUAUGCAUAUGGUGAAAGUAUAUUUACCUAUUUCCACCAUUUAUUUGUCGAUGAUUCCUUUAUGCUACCAUUUGUGUCACAUCAUCGGUUUAUUUCAUUUAUGCUGUAUAUUAUGGGGUUUGUUCUAUUCGUCGCUUCUCUCCAAAAGGGAAAAUACAAGUUUCAAUUUUCCCAGUUUUGUUGGACACAUAUGACACUGCUUUUGGUUGUCGGACAGGCCCAUUUCAUCAUUAAUAAUAUUUUCGAAGGCCUUUUCUGGUUCUUUGUGCCUGUUUGUUAUGUCGUAUGUAAUGAUGUUUUUGCUUAUCUAUGUGGAAAGAUGUUUGGUAAACAUCCUUUGAUCGAAGUCUCACCUAAGAAAACAAUUGAAGGUUUUCUCGGUGGUUGGUUGUGCACAGUCGUUGUUGGUUCUUUAAUUACCUUUAUUCUGAUGCGAUACGAAUAUUUUAUUUGCCCUAGCAGAGAUCUCUCAACGUCCAUUUUUACUGGCUUAACUUGCACUCCUAACUCUGUGUUUCUUCCACAUACGUACAAUGUACCUUCAUACUUGGUGCAAUACUUGCAUCUUCCCGAUGUUGUAACUUUUGCCCCGAUAUAUUUCCAUUUAGCCAUGUUUGCUACUUUCUCAAGCCUUGUUGCUCCUUUUGGUGGAUUUUUUGCUAGUGGUUUGAAAAGAGCUUUUAAAAUCAAAGACUUUGGCGAUUCCAUUCCUGGUCAUGGUGGUUUGACGGAUCGCGUCGACUGUCAAUUUUUGAAUGGUGUUUUUGUUUACAUGUACUUUCAGUCUUUUAUAGCAGAAAAGAAUACUUCUACCUCAGAUAUUUUGGAUGCUGCUAUAUCCACCUUAACGACACCUCAGCAAUUGCAGCUUUUAGAAGAUUUUCAAAAUUAUUUGGUUGGCCAGGGAAAAAUAACUGCAGACGCCAUUUGCAACAGAGUCGUUAAAGGUAGUCGUUAAAAUUAACCUUGCAAUUACUAUUUUCGUUUUACGUGCUCUCUUCCUCUAUGCCGUAUUCAUUUUGUGUAUAUAUAACCUUCAGACAUAUACGCUACCUUUACUGAAGUAACUGUGGAUGGAAUAUAACAUAAUGUAUCGGAAAGACUUAUAUCUUUUCCCUUCGCGCGUUGUCUCACUGUCUUUCGUUUCAUUGUCAAUUGUUUUCUUCGCUUGUCUCUAACUGUCAUCUAUAUUAUGGUAUUAGCAAAUCCCUCUUGUCUGUACUUAUUGAGGGAAGCCUUAAAUGAGUUAUUUUUACUUUAAGAAUAAUCUUAUCCAUGUUUCUUGUCCGUUCUUUUAGUUUCUUUCAUCCACACUCUCGGCAUUCUUUGCCUUUUUUAAUCAUGUGUCCUCAUGUUCACUUAUGUACUCCUCGUGGUUAAAGAUCUAUAAAUUUUUAUGCGCAUUUUGAAUUUGACUAUAUAUACGCAGUAUUUAAUGCUUAACAAUUAAGCCUUGCUCAGUAAUUAAUCUUAGUACAUGCCAAAUUCUCACUGUCUACCGUCGUUCUUUCUUUUUAUCAAUUUCAUAGGAAUAAAAAUCCAACCUUACUUGUUACAUGUGUA